AGAUAAAUUAAGGUAACCAAACGCAAGAUAGAUGCCGUAAUGGUAGCACUAGUCGAGCCAGUCCGUCAAGUGUCACCCAACAUACAUUCUUAUCGCGGUUUAUCAAUAAGCAGCAGUCAUGAGUAUUCAUGUCGAAAAAACUAGUUUUAAGGUCUUGCUACCACAUUCACGAGGAUAGUUUGCGUGCCAAAUAGCAAUCAAUUAGCGUCCAAUUAUAAACGCACUACAAUGACCUUUAUCGCAUCGACGACUGUUCGUUAGUAAGUGAUCGCGAUUUGCGUUGACUAGCACUCACAAAGUCAUUAGGAAUUAAGAAUAUCAAUGUGCAAUCAACCACCUGAGACGACAAUGCAUUCGCUCGUAAUACUCACCCGUUCGUCCUAUUGAAGAUGACAUUAUUCGCACUUAACAUGUCCAAUGAUAACAGAUCGAAUAGUCCCAACACAAGUCCGAGGAAUAGCCCACGACCAUCACCACGGCCACAGCACAAGCGCGAGCACGCUAAGAGCGACACUUAUCUUAGUGUGAAUCUCAAGGAGUGUAAUAGUAGUCAAAGCAUGCCAAGAAAUGAUCAUUCACCUGUGAGUCCUGAACAUAAAGAUCUUCCAAACUCUGCAAGCACUGGAGUGAAAAACGGUGCGGAAAUAUCACCUGCAUCGGAUGCCAAAUCCGAAAGCACCAGCUCCAGUGGUAAGCAGAAGAAAGAGGGCAGAGGGAAGAAGAAACCUGCCUGGUACAAUGUCCUUCUUUAUCCUACAUAUAAGAGCCGGUCAGAAGAUUUCAAACACAUUUUUAAAGAUGUGCCAGAUGACGAGCGGCUCAUAGUUGAUUAUUCGUGCGCGCUGCAAAAGGAAAUUCUAGUACAGGGGCGGUUGUAUGUGACGCAAAACUUCCUCUGCUUCUACGCGAAUAUCUUCGGGUGGGAAACGAACGUCACGCUUAAGUGGAAGGAUGUGACGGCAAUGACCAAAGAGAAGACUGCGCUUGUAAUACCAAAUGCGAUUCUUAUUGCAGUAAGCAGCGAACGAUUCUUUUUUACCAGUUUCGUAGCGCGUGAGAAGGUCUACCUGAUGCUAUUUCGCGUCUGGCAGAACGCACUUAUGGGACGGCAAAUGAAUCAAACCGACAUGUGGCAGCUCGUGCACAAUUCAUACGGCGCUGAGUUGGGUCUGACAUCCGAUGACGAGGAUUACAUCGCGCCGGGAACUGAAGACGAUAAGAUGUCGAAGAUAUCUGCAGAAUCUUACUCCGAGGAUUGUAGCAACAGUAACCUGGAUGCACAUAGCGAAUCGGGAGUGGUCGAUCACAAACCUGAGGAGGAGAAUAAAACUCAACCGAUAAAUAUUGUUAAGAAUGAUGAUCGCGAACGGGAUCGUCCUGAGGCGCCCGUUAAAGAAAAACUCCUUAAACACGAUGAGAAGUCCAUGCCUACAGACAUGUCCGACAAUACAUCCGACUCUGACCGUGAUAAAGAAAGGGCAAUAUCAAAGUCAUUAUCUCCCACGCCCAGAAGUAGCCAUGAUCUUGAGUCCUUUCCUAAUUUCCUUACCCCCGAUCCAAGUCGAUCGUCCAGUGACGAGACAUUAUACCCAGUGUGCACGGCUCUUCAUGAGGGUAGACAACUGCUGAACGAAGUGAUUCCCAUCCACGUGGACCAAUUGUUUACGCUGCUUUUUACAAAUAGCAAAUUUUGGUUGGAUUUUCAUGCGUCGCGGAAAACCACAGACCUAACACAAACUACGUGGAUACACAAUGCCAAGGAUAAUACCAAAAGUCGUGUUAUGUCGCUUACAUUAGCGCUGAACCAACCUGUCGGGCCUAAAACUGCGCAAGUCACUGAAACGCAGGUCAUGAUUCCUUGCAGCAAAGCAGGACGUUUAUACUCCAUUGAUGCAGAGACUGUCAACGCAGGUGUUCCGUAUGCAGAUUCGUUCUGCGUGCUUGUGCACUAUUGUAUUCACAGGGUAUCAGAAAAUCAGACUUCUAUCGCCGUAUACGGUCAAAUCAAGUAUAAAAAGUCUGUUUGGGGUUUAGUCAAAGGUAUGAUUGAAAAGAAUUGUUGGUCGGGCCUCGAAGAUUUCUACGCAUGUCUAAGCAAAGCGUUAUUAAUUGAAGCUGAAGAGUACGCAACUCCUGCAGUAAAAAGAAAAUCGCGUCGGCGACGCCGUCAACACAGUAUUCGAGCUCCGAUUGCGGACGAUCUGCGCCCACCUCGCUGUUCUUUGGCAAGAACUCGCGGCGUUUCGACACGCCGUCAGGUCCAGUCAACAUUCGCCACCAGCGUUGUCUUUGCUGUGCUGGUACUCCUCGUCAUUUUGAAUGUAUUUCUAUAUUAUAGACUGUGGUCUUUAGAAGGAACGACACCACCCUCCGUUCUUGAUUUACAAGUAUUAAAGGAUCCGCCGAAAAACCACGAUGAUUGGAUAAAGCUUCUUCAGAAACAGGAAACAUUGCAUACAGUCGAGAUGCAAAAGUGGCAACAACUAUUGAAAACUGCAAUCACUCUCCUCAAACAAACGGAGGAAUCUUUGCUGGAAUUACAAAAAUCUAUUCAUCCGAAUUAUACGAAAAAGAUGCUCUCGAUUAUCGAAAGCCACAAAGGCGGCGGGCCGAUCGCCAGGGAUGAUAUGUAAACAUUUAACUUAAUCCCACCACCCGCACACACCUAUACCUGACCUGACAUUUACGACUUAAAUAACUGUUAACUACCACGCUACCAAACCCCCGAUGAUAUACCAAAUACACUAAUUUAGGUGCGCCAAGCAACGGGUUAUGCAUGUGUUAACUGUCGUCAGAUAUGUACGAGCACAACUCGCGCUAUUCUGUCAUUAGUCUACUCUAUUGUGAUCAUAAAGUAAGUAAUAUUUGUCUAAAGUCUACGUCUAGGAAAAUGUACAUUAUUGGUGCACUUUUUUGGUCAUCGUUGUUAAUUGUUUUUAUUAAGUAUUUAUCACACUGCGGCGCGCGGUGUCACGGUCCCAUAACUGAAACGACGAUGCAUUUCGGGCCCGGCACCGCGCGCGCCACGAAACAUAUUGUGCUAGUUACAUUCUUGUUUAUAAAUUAAAAAUUUUAUUGAUUCCUGUUUACUACUUACGAAAUAUUUCUGUACAAAACAAAACUCUAUUUACACGCAAAUUAAUGAAUUUAAUGGCGAACACAUAAAUUAUAUACGAAUUUAUCUGUGGAAAGAAGUAUAUUCGAUGUGAGUCGACGCGACGGCGUUGAGCUUCAUCAAAGCCUCGAGCAUUUUUAUCUGUGUAUUUAUUAGCUGUAAUUAGAGAGCAUUUGCUUUAUUGAGCUCUACGCCGUCUCGCUGACAUGUAGUACUACAACAAAGUGUUUUGUUAGAGAGAAAAUGAAAAAGGAAGACAUUAUACACACCGUGACCUUGCGC